AUGACUGUGCUGAAUUCGUCAUACCCUUUUACAGAAUGCCUACUCGAUGUUCACUGGAUUGCGUGCGCGUUUGUGCCAAUUGGCGUGCUUCUCAUCGCGUCGUUGGCAUUGUUGACGUGCAAAAAGUCGAAAAACAAGGCUAAUUUUAAGUAUCUUUGUCGUAAAAAUGAAGCCGUGUCUAGCCAAAGCCAGAAACAACACAAGACGCCGACCAACAACACCAUCAAGAGCAAGAGUCAAUACCGAAAGGUCAACAGAAUGGCACCAACGGCACCGCCCAUGAUCAUGACCACUCAUCGUGUCGAGAAGUCUGAGCGCGUUUCCGUGCAUGCACAAGCUACUGAAGAUAAUAUGACUGAAGCUCGAUCAAAGAAACCGACAAAACCGAGAAAAAAGAAGCAUUCAACUGGCUCGCUCGAUCAAUUCGAUGUGACGCAACAAGAGAAAACUAUCGAUAUGGAACGAGGCGGACACGUGUCUCAUCAUCCGCUGCGCCCGUCACUCACUCAAACGUCGCCCGACAAAAUCACGCCCACGCCGAAUAAGGGGCCGACACCCAACAAAGCACCGACGCCUAACAAAAUCACGAAAAACACCCUUACUUCAGAAGAAUCUAUUAAUGAUCGUCGCGCCGAAUCAUUCAGCCGAGAAGGAAUCGAAAAAAGAAUGAUCUUUUGGAAAGUU